GCCAGAUUCCACCAAGUAUUUCAUGGAAAGACUGAGUGAGAUCAAACAUGAGGUAAGUGAUUGAUUGAUUUUGAACACCAUAUACCAUACCAAUGCCAUACCAAAGAAACCAGAUAACACCAUACCAUACAACACCAUACCAUACGAAAACACAUCACACCAUACCAAUACCAUCAUAGGAAACCACAUAACACCAUAGCCUAUAGUAUACCAUACUAUACCAUACCACGCAACAUCAUAACAUGAAUGCCAUACCAUACUAUGUCACACCAUACUGUACCAUACUAUACCAUACCAUACCCCAUACCAUACCAUACCAUACCAUACCUUAGCAUAACAUACCAUGCCAUACCACACCAUACCAAACCAUGCCAUACCAUACCAUACUACAACAUACCAUGUCAUACUGUACCAUACCACACCAUACUAUGCCAUACCAUACCAUACCAUACCAUACCAUACCAUACCAUAGAGCUGCGCAAACUCCGGUUAUUUUAGCUCCGGCUCCGGCAGUCAAAACUCCGGCUCCGGGUCCGGCAAGAAAUUUUUAAGGAAAUUCCAUAUUUAAAAGUGGAAGCAGGCGAAAGUAUUUCAGUGUAAUUUCAGAAUUUAUCUUUUUUUAAAACCUUUUUAAAACACUAUUAAUAGUAAACCACAUAGUAAUAUAUAGUAAAACAACAUAUAAAUAGUAAUAUAUUAGUAAACAACAACUUAAUUUUCCCAUUUAAUGCCAAAUGUUUGUUGAAAUAUGAAAUAAUUUUUCCUAAUUUUGUCUGCCGGAGUUUUUGCCGGAGUUUUCCAACUCCGGCUCCGGCAAAAUAUGCCGGAGCUCCGGGUCCGGCUCCAGCAAUCCGGCGCCCAGCUCUACCAUACCAUACCAUACCAUACCUUAGCAAUAGCAUAACAUACCAUGCCAUACCAUACCAUACCAUACCAUACCAUACCAUACCAAACCAUGCCAUACCAUGCAUACUACAACACACCAUGUCAUACUGUACCAUACCACACCAUACUAUGCCAUACUGUACCAUACCAUACCAUACCAUACCAUACCAUACCAUACCAUGAAACUAACACGUCAUUUUCCCUAGGACUACCUUCCGACAAAAGAAGACGUGUUACGCUCGCGAAAAAUCUCGCGUGGGAUCACAGAAUACCACACAGAAGUAUCCCGAGUCCCUUUCAUGUUUGUGGAUGUGGGUGGGCAGCGGCAUUACCGUCAAAAAUGGGUAGUAUGUUUCGAUGACGUCACCACCGUGCUUUUUUUCGUUUCCGCAAGCGAAUACGACGAGGUUUUGGCGGAAGAUCGACAAACAAAUCGCCUCCAAGAGUCCCUGGAACUUUUCGGCGAUAUUGUGAACAGUCUUACAUUUGCUAGCACGCACGUGAUAUUGUUCUUCAACAAAACUGACCAAUUACAGACUAAGAUUCAUCACUCGAACAUUAAGCUUUAUUUUCCAUCGUUCAGAGGUGAUCCACGGAACGAGUCGGACGUAAAGCGAUUUCUUUACACCAUGUUCGAACGCAAACGAAUGGACCAGUCGAAAACACUUUUUCAUCAUUUUACCACGGCCAUCGACACGAGUAAUAUAAAGUUUGUUUUUGAGGCUUGCAAACAGAUAAUUUUGCAGUCGAAUUUGGAUAAUGUUUUACUGUGAGGAACGAUAACUCGAAUAGGGUAUAAUUUAUUGUAUGUUAUGGGGCAAUUAAGGCACUUCUAUUGUUUUCGAUGCUAUGAAACCGAAUCGAUCUUGUUGCAGUCAAAUUUGGAAAAAAGUAUUAUCAUUUAUGCAUUAUGCAAACAAAAUUCACAAUGAGUUUAAUGCUAUUAGACUGGGCCUCGCCUCCCAGUGCUGGGUCUCAUAGGCUUAAAGAAGACGUGAGCGCAAAAUGUUAUGCUUGUGUGUUACAAUCCAUAAGUAGGCCAAUAAUGUUGUAAUUUUGCAUGACAAGCCCAGUACAAUUGAAAACUUGUUUGAUCAAUGAUGACACUGCAUGAGACGCGCCUUAUUGUAAGAUAUUGAGAUUGACGCGCCUUAUUCUAAGGUAUAAUAUAUUUUAUUAUAUACACAAGGUCAGGAUAUGAAGUAUUCUGCAAUCUGAUUGGUUCUCUACUAGCAGGAUAUUAGCUCAUAUCCUGCUAGUAGAGAAAAACAAAAUGGCGGCUCAAACUGAAUUUCCGACGUUUUGCGAACGAGAAAACGGCAAGUUGUUCACUUUUUAUAGCCUUCACAGGAUUAAAAACACAAUGAAAAAACUCCCACAAAUUGUUUACAGGUUAGCAAAUGAAUUUUUAAAAUUUAAAAUGGUUAAGGUGGCUCGAUACAGUUUUCAAAAAUUCAGGUGUUUAACAUUUUGACAUGUUCAAACUACGCAUUUUUAGGAUUUAUUCAGCAGAUAUUGGAGUUUUUAUAUAUUUUGAUAACUCUACUUUCAAAUUUUAUUAGUUUUAGUAACAGAUAGUUCGUUGCUAUGACGACAUACGUGUACGAAAUUCACUCCAAAAUGGUCUAUCGCCUCGUAUAGUUGGAAAAGAAGCACGGUGACCCCCAAUUUUUUUUCGUGCAUUAUUUUACUUGGACGAAAAGCUAACAAUUAACAAAAUAUAAAAAAAUUCUGUAAUGCCAUUUUUUGGGAAAAUGCGAAAAUGUCAUAUUCUUCGGGAAAUUUUUUUUGGCAUUACAGAAUUUUUUUAUUUUUUGUAUAACGAAAGUUUUUAGCGGUGCAAUGCAGCAUGCAAAAUUUGAACAUAGGUCACCAGACAAAAUAAAGAGAUAUAGCGCAUUGUUUUUCUAAAAUGGAAAAUUCUAAUGACGUCAGCAAUUGAUAUAAAACGCUAUAGAACACGCGCAAUGGCGUGAUAUGGCGCGAGCAACUGCUCACGUCAGGUCGUUUUGGAAGUUCUUUCAUUUUGUUAAUCAGUUUCCGCGACUUGCGCGUAAAAAUGGUCACCCGGUUUUGAGUUCGCGAUUCUUGAGCAGGGUUCUUGUGAUAACUAUAACGAGCCACCUUAAAAAUAUAUAUUUUUGAAAAAUUAAUCGGCUGAAAGAGCGAAGAUAAAAACAUAUAAACAAAAAUCAAAAUAGAAAUAUAUUGAAAAUAUCCGAAAAGCAAAGUCUGUGAAUUCAGACCUUGUGUAUAUAAUAAAACAGUUAUUCCACUCACUCUCGUCGAAUAUGAGCUCAGCUCAUAUUCAACUCGAGUUCGUAGAAUAACUGUUAAGUAUAUAGCUUCAAUAUUUCAAGCUUGAAUUAUCGCCAUAUUUGUAUAUUGUAUAUUAUUUUAUCAUUGUGAUCAUAUGUUGUAGUCAGUUCUCGAAACCCAUGCCCAUAGUUUUCGAGAUUUUCCACGCACACAGAAUACACACACGCCAUUACUUACGGUUUGACGUUCAUCUGUACCUGCAAAAACUGUCUGCAUCUUGUCUUCAACAUGGCGUCUCAGGUGAG